AGGGGUGUUUCUGGUAUGGAUGCUACUAGCCACGUCUUUCCUCAGUGUGCUGGCUGUCAUCCCCUGAUAGGGAGUGUCAGUGCUGUGGUGUCUGGUACCUGUGGUGGCAUAUGCUCCCCAGUUAUUGGAGUAGAAGCCCUGAGGUCAGGUUCUAUAAGGUUCUAUUGCCUUCAUUGCCUGCCCUGCCCCAAAGGAGGUGACCGCUGAAACAAGUGAGGCCCAUGUGGUCACAGCAAACCUGUGCGCCACCUGUGCAGGUGUCUGCAGUUCUGCUCAGAAUCAGCCCAAGAUCACAUCCAUUUCUCCCUUGUGUUCGUCCAGACCUAGUGCUAGACUACAGUGUGGAGUGGGCUGGUGCCAGGGGCUGGGGUCCUGUGGCUGCAGGAAUUGUGGUGGCUGUGCUGUCACCUGGGGCCUGGGCUGCCUCUGUGGGAGACCUCUUCGGGGACCUGUUUGUGCCAGCUUUGGCUCUCAGCUGCCAUGUGGGGUCAGGAGAGCUGGUGUACUCCCUCUGGGAAAUGAACCACUGUGUACUCCUCCCCAGGGGCUCUCCCCCCAAGACUCAGCACCCAGCCACUGUGUUUCUGUGACAUUACCCAUUGCAUGUGCUGACUAAGUCCACCAGGGUUGGACCCACCCCCUACUGUGUAAGCGGAGCCCUUUGUCACUGUGGUCAGCUCCAGACCCACUCCCCAGGCCCCCCGUGCUAUUGCUAUUGCGUGAAGGUAGAUUGAGUCCUCUCCCAGGGUCUGUCUGCCAUAGAUUCAGUGCUUAGCCACUGCACAUAUUUGUAUGCAUGCUUCAGAAGCUUACAAAUGCUGGGAAGUGUGGCAAGCCAACUGUCAGUCCCCCUUUGCCCUGAUUGUUAGCAAGCCAGCAUGCACACUCGUAAGUAGAGUCUGGGCUUCUGCAGCGCUGCUAGCUGUCCCAGUGGAUUUCCCAGCAGACAAGGGAUUUCUAGGAGGACUGUGUGGACCUUUUCUUUACAGACCCCUCCCAGGAGUGCCAGUCCUGUAUUGAUGCCUUUUUUUCUGUCCUACCUGGUUACGUGGAGAUCUUUCUUACAGCUGUACAGGAGAUCUUCUGCCAGUUUCCAGUUGGUUUUCUGUGAGAAUUGUUCCACAGGUAGAUGUAUUUUUGAUGUGUUUGUGGGAGGUGGUGAGCUCCACAUCCUCUUACUCUGCCAUCUCUUGAUCUGCCUCUAGACGUAACUCUUUCUUGAAGGAAAACCACGCUCUAAAGCCUAGGUAUGAAUAAGGGGGGAAGUGAACUUGGAAUGCACCAAAAUAGCAGCAGACUUCUCUCUAAAAUCUACUUCAGGGAAUUUCUGUCCCAUUCAGGGUAACAUAAUCACCCAGAACUCACGAGCUUUGUGCUCGGUAGGGCGGAGUAUGGUCUGCUUCCCAGCAACUUGGUGACACCGUUAGGCGCCUACUGAACCAGGUUCCGUGGCUGAUGGAGCAUGUCGCUCCGGCAUUGCUGGGGAAGUAGUCUGGAGUGCCCAGAAAACCCAGUGUUCUUUUCCUUGAUUCUAAGCCCUUGAUAUUCAAGUUAUAAGUGAUUGAAGAGACUGCCUGAGUAGUUCAGAGCUUCCUAGGAAAGACAUAAAUUUUAUCAAAUUUAUUGUGAGAAUCUUUGCUGUGGAGCCAUUCAUGUUCUUCCUUUUGGUUAUCUCAGCUGAGCUACAAUACUCAGGAAGUUACGGUUGUAAGGUUAAGUGCCCCUGUGGUCCUAUCCCAGGGACCGAAUCGACUGUGCUUUCCCUCACAUUCUUAUACCAGAUAAAUAAGAUUAAAGUGAGCAUCAGGGACAGCCUUGAAGAGAACAUCAGUGUGUUUUAAAUGAGCAAAUUGCAUUCAGAGAAAGAUGGAGGCAAUGUUGCAGUGUGGUUCAGGUUGGAGCAUGGGGCUGUAGGAGGACAGUGUCAUGCCCUGUAUCUUGGUGACUACAGAGGUGUAAGAGCUUCUAGUUUAGCAGUGAAGCAAAAGUCUUAACACAGGAUGAAGGCUGCCUCCUUGAGUCAUUUGCCAGUUGCCACUCAGAAGGGAAGUGUCUGCUUUGCCAGACACAGGCAUGGGUAAAGACCAGGGCUAGGGGCACACCACAGGCUGUACCAGAAACAGACAGUGCAGGAGCCCCAGCCUCAUCAGCAGAAUUAUCAUCUUUCUUCCGUGCAGGUGGCAGGGGCCAGGCUACUGGUCACCUCCAGGGUCUCUCAGAAAUCAGGAGACUUUGAAGUUCUCAGUCAAUGUGGAAAUGAAAUGUCUAAACAGUUACAAAAAUGUUGGUACAUUUUUAAUAUUUACAUUUAACAAAUUAUUGCCUUUAGAGCACACCAGAAAAAAAACGUAAAAAUAGUAAUUAUGGAAUUUAUGAAAACUGUUAAGUCCUGGUGCACUAUGGAUGGUGUGGUCCCGAUAAUAGGAUACAAGUUUAAAGUGCUCCGAUGGGGAUUGUCCUCUUUUGGUCCUUUCAGUGCAAUCCCAGACCUAAUAUUCAUGCUUACACUUGAGACCCUUCACGACCGGGAAGCCCAGGCAAGACGGCUCCCUGAGCGCCCCGUGAAGGGUGCUGUUUACCUCUCUCACGUGUUCCUAACUGGAAAUCUGUCCUUAACCAUAUGCCUGUCACACCACCUGCUCCAACUUACCGUGAUGUUGUAAGGGAGGCAAAAAGACAAUUCGCAAGGAACCAAAAGGAUUUUAGAAUAGAAAAGCACAUAAUUAAUGAAGAAAUAAAACUCCUAAGACAGCGACAGGAAAGAAUUAACAAGGAGAUUCAUAGACUCCAAGCAAAGGCUACCAAGAAACCUAAUGAAGUUAAGAAUGACUUUGAGAAUUUCCUAUUUAAACUGCGUUCUGAAGCUCGAACUGAGAGAGAAUUUCUGGCAUCACUGUCAUCGUCAUCGACAACAACAGAAGACUGCACGUUGAGGAAGAAGAACGCCCAGAGGAGCCAGAAAUACACAGGACUUAGGAACAGAAGUUCUGCGGACCUGUCCACAAAGAGGAUGCUGGCUUCUGCAGGUCCGUCUCCAUUUUCCCUGCACUUUCAGAAGAAGCUGGUCUGACAACUGCACUCAGAAGUUACCAUCAGACAAAAAUGUGUGACUGAGAUGGAAACUGCUAUGUGAGCCACCACACAGUAAGAGGCUAUCUUAGCCACCAUCAACCAGGCAAGGUUUCAGACCUAAGCUCUGUACCAACGUGA